ACAGCGUUGGACGAACAAUGAAACGUAUAUAAGUUUAGUAAUUCAAAAAUAAAUUUUAAUUACUACCGUAACUAUUAUCAGAAUAUUUUUGUUGUUGAAGUCAAAGAAACAACUUCGUAUUUUUACAUCACACUAAAGUAACGGCCAGAUUUACUGAACGAGGCUGAAUACACGUCAGUUUUGCAGACGACAUCAACAUACGGCUUACUUCAGCAUAAAAAUUCGGCAAACAUGUUUGAAGUUUCUGAUUUUCAGAAGAUUGGUAUAGGCCUUACUGGCUUUGGUGCGUUCUUCCUAUUCCUUGGAGUCAUCUUCCUUUUCGAUAAAGGUCUCUUGGCUAUCGGAAAUAUAUUGUUCCUGGCUGGCUUAGCUUGUGUCAUCGGUUUGGAGCGAACGUUUCGAUUCUUUUUCCAGCAACACAAGCUUAAAGCCACAGGUUUCUUCAUUGGGGGUAUGGUCAUCGUACUGAUAGGAUGGCCUCUAGUCGGAAUGCUCGUUGAAACGUAUGGGUUUUUCUUAUUAUUCAGAGGAUUUUUUCCUGUCAUUAUCAAUUUUCUGCGAAGAGUUCCAGUACUUAGCACCAUUUUAUCACUACCUGGCAUCAACGGGUUUCUUAUGCGAUUUGAAGAAAGGAAUCCUAUGGUUUAGUCCUUCCACUGUUCUAGAUGCCAGAGGAAUUUUAGGUUUAGUGAAGCUGGAUGUGGGAGAAGAGAUCAAAGCAAACAUAUCUGGCUUUUGUCGGAAUAUGACUUUUGAGUGGACUUGCAGAAGUGGUAAAACCGUUAAAUGUUUCUUUUUUUUUGUCCGCCACUUUAAAUUCCUGUAAAUACAUGUAUGUAAAGCUAUUUCUUGUAGUUUAACUCAUGACCUCACCAAAUCCUACAAAGUCCGGGGUGAGGUUUUGGAGAUUUUGGAGCACAGCUGCUUGCCUCUUACCUAGGAUUGAAAAGCCUUUGAUCCUAACUGUUCCAAAUUUUCCCAAGGCUCUGAAGGAUUGAGGCUGUAUGGCAAAAGCUCUUGUUAAUGAUUUCAAAGGAUGCGUUAUUUCAAGGUCUUGGGUGGACCUUGGGCUGUCUGUGCUCAGCCUGACACCAACACAGUGUACAUGCCUGGAUUAUACUGCGGAUCAUCCACACUGCCCUGCUUCGUGAUGUACUGUACACACAAUCUCUUGACUCUGACACUACGUGGAAUACGGGCAUUUUACAAAAGUGCACCUGCAAGAGUUUGCAACGCGUUGACCAAUCACAAUGCGCAAAAUUUGU